AUGGAGAUUCGGCCGGCCAUGGAGGAGAUAAGGCUGCGCCAGCCAUGGAGGAGGGAAGCUCCACCCGUGGCCAGGGAGUUUCGACCAGCCAUGGAGGAGGGAAGAGACUGGGACCUUCAAAGAGCAAUAGGACUCAUGGAGGUUGGAGACGCAAGAAACGGUUCUGCAGCAGUGGCACAGACAAAGGGAAGUGCGGAUGAUGCCACCGGCAAACCGCUCUCUCCUUGCUGUGUCAAGGCCAAGGCAGGCGUGCCUGAAUCCGAAGCCAAGUGCCAUGAUACUGUGGUCUCAGGGUGGUUCACGGAGCCCAGAUCGCGGUUUGGUAAAACAAGCAAAGUGCAGUACUUCAAUAACCCGAUGUGGCCUGGAGAGGCUCAUUCAUUGAAAGUGGAGAAGAUUUUGUUUCAAGGGAAAUCGCCUUACCAAGAAAUUUUAGUUUUUGAGUCUUCAACCUAUGGAAAUGUUCUUGUGCUUGAUGGUAUAGUUCAGUUGACUGACAAGGAUGAAUGCGCAUACCAGGAAAUGGUUACUCACCUUCCACUGUGCUCAAUCCCAGCACCAAAGAAUGUUUUGGUUGUUGGAGGUGGUGAUGGUGGUGUACUGCGGGAAAUAGCCAGACAUGAUUCAGUGGAUACUAUUGAUAUAUGUGAGAUUGAUCAACUAGUUAUUGAUGUUUGCAAAGAAUUCUUUCCAAACUUAUCCAUUGGAUAUAAAGAUCCUCGUGUCCGACUUAAUGUUGGUGAUGCUGUUGAUUUCCUGAGGAAUUCUCCUGAAGGAAAAUACGAUGCUAUUAUUGUCGAUUCAUCAGAUCCAAUUGGGCCAGCACAGGCACUCGUGGAGAAACCAUUUAUUCAGACAAUUGCUAGAGCUUUGAAGCCUGGUGGUGUUCUUUGUAAUCUUGCUGAGAGCAUGUGGCUGCACACACAUCUAAUCCAGGAUAUGCUUGCUAUCUGUCGACAGACAUUCAAGGGUGCCGUGCACUAUGCCUGGACAAGUGUUCCAACAUAUCCCAGUGGUGUCAUUGGUUUUUUGCUAUGUGCGAAAGAAGGUCGUGCAGUGAACUUCUUAAGUCCUGUGAAUCCAAUUGAGAAAAUAGGAGCUGGAAAAGCUGGAAGGGAGCUCAGAUUUUACAAUUCAGAGAUUCAUAGGGCUGCUUUUGUUCUGCCAACAUUUGUAAGAAGAGAACUGGAAUCAUAUACCACUCCUAGUACUGCUGAAAACGAGAAACCGAAAGAAUCAGUGUCAGAACCGCAGAAGAUAAAGAUAUUGUCAAACAAUGCCAUUCUUACAGCUUCCUAG